CGACGCAGGAAUGUGAAAGGCUCCCGCCCGCCGCCAUUUUCUUUCUUUCUUGGCAGGCAGAGAGCGCGGUAGGAAGCGGCGAAGCGGACAUGGCGGAUUACUCUACGGUACCCCCUCCUUCUUCGGGCGCGCCCGGGGGAGGCGGAGGAGGUGGCGGGGCAGUCAAUGAUGCUUUUAAAGACGCGCUGCAACGGGCUAGGCAGGUGUGUAUCGUCGGCACCGGGCAAUGGGUGCCGCUUCCCAGGCCGGCCUGGCCCGGCAGGCUUUUUCAAGCAGGCCGCCCAAUUCGCCCCUCCGUCGCUCGGCGUCCUGCGCAAGGGCGAGCGGGGCACGCCCCACCACCACCGCCGCCGUCCCGUAGGCCGCCAGAGGCGCUCCCUCCGUUGGGAGCUGAGGCGGUUUUUUGUUCCGUGGGCCUUUGGGAGGAGUUUUCGGGCAGGGGCGCCGUAGUUCCCUCAGUGACUAGAAAAUGGGGGUGGAAAGAGAAAGUCCUGUGACGCCUCGGUUCCAUUCGCUCCUCACGGGAGCGAGGGAGGGAAGUGAGAUUUGAGAGACACCAUCCCUCGGAUUAGGAGGGAAUUUCUUCCUUGGGGUCCUUUUCCCCCCUCUCAAGCCGCCUUCCCGUAAUGGCGGCGUCCUCUCUACGUGCACCACCAACCCAGAGAGAAAGAGGCGGGUGGGUCGGCAUUUCUGAUUUCCCCCAACUUCCACCUCGCUCGCUCUUCGUCCACGAGGACCGUCUCCUCCCUUCCCCACAUGCAAUACCUGUACUUGUAGCGAUUUUCGUCGUUUGGUGAAUAGUUUCCACUGCACAGGAUGAGGGAGGAAUUAGCGCUCGUCCUCAAGGGGGGGGUAGCCUCUUGUAUGGCCGAGGCACCUUUUAUUUGAGUUUCCGCCUCCUUACUUGGGAUAUUUUUUCCCUCCCUUUUACUCACAGUUCAGGGUUUCCCUAAUUUUUUUUACACAGUCGCGCAACACGGAGAAACCCGAAACACCGCUUUUAUAAAAUAGAAAUUGUUGCCUAAUAAGGUAGCUGGUCCACUCUUUCCUUUUCUCUUGUUCACAUAAUAAUUAGAAGGUGGUGUUUCUAUAUCACUUUAUAUGACCCCAUAAGUUUUUAGAUUAAUUUUUUUCAGUCGCCUGCUGUAUAGGUGAGAUAAGAGCAUUUUCCAAAUCAGAAAAAGACUCCCGUUCGAUUCUGUAAGAGGUUAUAUGAAAUACUGUAGUUGUCAACUAGUCCUGACCGAAGUGUCUCUGUCCUGGUUGUGUGGUUUGGGGCAGUCGGGGAAAAAGAAUUGGCUUCCUACUGUUGAAGAUAAUUGCCGCCAUUUUUAGCAAUAAUGCUUCCCUUCCAUUUAUUUAGUUGCCUUAAGCUUUCUUGUUUCCUAGCAACUUACUUAGACGUUAGAUGUAACAACCAGCCCAAAUUCAGAAAAGUUUGAUCUAGAAACCACAUCUCUUAUUAAUUUAUAAAAGCAAAGAGAAUUAAGAAAGCAUUUGGUUAAGAGUUCUUUGCCUUCAGCACUUGCCAAUAUCUUUGUUCAAACGUUUCAUACAAACUGAAAGCUCCAGCAAGACAGGAUCACAGUCCUCUUCCUUGCAAGUGGGUGAGGUAAGGCAAGGAGGAUAGUACAGAAUCCAGUAAAUUGUUGUAGUUUUGUAAACGGAGAGGAAGUGGCAAAAUAAUUUAUAAACUGUAGUAUAAAGCUAAAUUUUCAGGGCCCAACACUACCACCUUACCUCAUAGAUGACUGAAUAUACUCGUCUAUAAAAAGAGAAAGACGUGGAUUCUUUAUAGCUGCACUCUUUCAUAUACACUAAUAGAUGAACCAUUCUACACCUUUUUUUUUAGAUGCAGAAUGGCUGUUUGAACAUUGAACAAGGGGAAAUAAUUUUAAAUUAGUUUCCAUUCUUAGUGGCUGAAGAGAAAAUCUUGAAAAUGAGGUGUUGGUACAUUUUAAAAACAAAUAAGGCUGUGGGGGUGCUUUUAAUACAUGCUUACAACAACAACAACAAAAUUCUUGACUAAGGGCAGCUAGGAGUAGUAUAAUGUGUAACUCAUUCCUAUUCCAAAUCUACCACACUGAGGUGGCUCAGAUACAGCAACAUGCCAUAAUUCAGAGUUACAUAAAUGUCUGUCAAAACUCUUGGGUUUGCACACUCCCUGCUUGUCUUUCACCUUGUACUGUAAUUUCUUUCUGCUUUGAGACAGGAUUUGAACUGUGUCAGGCUUGGUUUUUUUUGGUGUUUUUUUUCCAAACUAAAAAAAAGAAUCAUAGGGAAGAGGGAGAUGAAGGGAACAUUCAAAUGUAAGCCUGAGCCAAUUAGGUUGUAGUUCAUUUCAGCUGUGAUAUUAAAUAAUGCAAUUCUAAACACACUCAAAAGUAAGUUCUCCUGAAAUGGGGUCUACUAGAUGGGGAAAAAGUUCCACUGAACACAUUUACUUGUGAAUAAAUAUGAUGUAGGCUCUUGUUUUUAAAACAGGAGAACCCAGAUUUACAGGAUCAUAAAUUAAUUUCAUUUUAGUCAUUAAAAAUGCUAAUUAUCUACCUUUUAUCUAUUGAUUCUCAGGUAGAGUAGAGAACAAAAAAUAAACAAUCCGCCAUACAACAAUAAAAUGGCAAACCAAAUAAAGGCAGUUAAAAUAGAGUGAGAUGAUCAAUUACCAACUUAUUAAAAUACCUGGACGCAAAUAGGUAUGUUUUGACCAGGUGCUGAAAUCAUGAUUGCUUGGGCUCCAAUCAUAAGUCUUAUGAGAGCAUUCCACGUAUGCAGUGCCACCACAGCAAAGGCUUUACCGUAGCACAACUAAGGUAUGGCACCACAUAGUGGAAAUCCCCCUGGUUAUGGAACUGAAAACCCACCUUGGAGGAUCUAAACACCCUGCCAACCUGGCAUUGGUGGAUAUGUUCCUUUAGGUAUUUUGGUAGUGAGCUGCUUAGAGUUGAAAAGAUAGGCAUCAGCACUUUGAAUUGUGUUUUGAAGUGAAUAAACCGCUAAUGUAACUCUUAGAAUCACUGUGAUGUCAUUCCGUCUGUCCAGUAAAGAGAGAGAGAGAGCAGCUACAUUCUGCCCUAACUUAAGUUUCUGGAUUGUCUUCAAGGGAUAGAACCAUGCACGGCGCAUUACAGUAACCCAGUCAGUAGGUCACCAGAGCAUGGGUCACUAUGGUCAGACUAUCCAUGUCCAGGAACAGUUAUAGCUUUUAAAAAGACACUUUGUGUCGCUCAUGCUACCUGUGCCUCAUGACAAUGCUAGAUCAAAGACUACCCCGAAAUUUCACCCCUUCUUUCAAGGAGAAUGUAGCACAGGCUGUAUACCUAAGUCUCCACACAUGGGCAUCUACAAAUCGGAAUUUUAUCUUGUCAGUGUUCAGCUGCAGUUUAUUAGCUACCACCAAUCCCAUACUAAAUCCAAGCACUGGUCUAAGCACAUGCACUGCUUGAGAUUUCAAAAUGAUCUUCACUGACAUUAACCUUUGGGAAAUUUACUGCAAUUACUAUAUGAAGUAUGUAUACACUGGCUUGGGGCCAGUUUACACCUUGGAGGAGGAGGAGCAUUUGUAACACUGCACUUUGACUUUAGGCAGGCACCCUCACUAUAUUGCUUUAAAAUUAAUCAUUUGGGCAAAAUAGCAAGCAAUUCAUUGUUAGUUUCUAUAUGGUAUGAGGUUCUAUAAGAAAUUGCUUGCGUGUCUGUGCCUGUCACAAGCAAGCACACUAACUUCUGAUACCAUAAUUGGUUGCUGUUGUAUUUCAACACUUGCGUGUCUGAUUCUUCCAGUUAAGCUGACAUCAGUUUUUCUCUUAAUAUAAAGGUUUGCCCUUAUCUUCAAGUGGUGGCCUCCCAGAGCAAAAAUCAUAGUUAGACAACUUGUGUUUAGUGUAAUUAAUGCUUGACAACAUAUUAAUGUAUGAUGUAAGGUAUCUGUUACAGGAAGUGUAAAAAAAAUGAUUCUUUGACACAUUACUUUUUACAACAUAGUAAAAAAAAAUAAAAGACUUGAUAUGCUUGCCUUUGCUUUUCUUUCAGAUUGCAGCAAAAAUUGGAAAUGAAUCUGGAACAUCUGUGAAUUCAAAUGAUUACAGUUAUGGAGGACAAAAAAGACCUCUUGAAGAUGGAGGUAUGCUGUCAAUCAGUAUAUAAGACGCUAAUAUAUUCAAUUCUAAAAAUUAUAAACUGAUAGUGUGUGUGUGAGUGCAUGAGUUAGUUUAGCUUUUCUGCAUUACUUUAAUCAUGGUUAUUGGUUAGAAGGUAGAAUAGUCCAUCUUCAACAUGGAUAUGAUCUUUUAGACAUAACUAAAAACCUAAGGUAGGUAAAAUAUGUAUUAUUUAAAAUGCAUCAGAAGCACAGUGUUGAAAUAUUUGUGACAGAGGAUUAACAGCUCCUCUAAUUUAUACGGAGAAUGCUCAUUUGUUAAUCUUUUUCAAACCUGGUGGUUUGGUAUAUAAGUUACAUUGUGCAGGCACAACAUUUUAAUAUGUAGUUAUUUCAUUAAAAAGACAAGCAUUGAAAUAUUUGGAGAAAUGUCUUCCUCUAACUUGCUUGAACCUUUUGUUUGUUUUUAAAACAUGUUACUGAAAUGUGUAGCAUUUUUUAAUUUUUUUAAUUUUAAAAAGCUUUUGUGGGCUUAACAGGGUUUAAUAUGUUUAUCUUCUAAAAGCAAAGCAUUCUGUAAUAUUUUUUUUAAUUCAUGUAGACAGUUUCUGACCUUGGAGGAGAAUGUAGGUUUUGAAGGAUUAUAAUUUUGUUUACAGAAAAUUUCUAAGGCUCUUGACAAGGAGUACUUGUGUACUUUAUUAAAGUGCCUUUUAUUAUUAGUGAGGUUUUUAAUAUUCAAAAAUGAGCUAAUGAUGCUUCAAAUGAUGUAUGUAAUGUAUUCUUUUUAUUUUAUGUGUAGAUGGCUCUUGGACAAGUCCGAGCAGUACAACACACUGGGAGGGAAUGCCCUCUCCUUUUAAAGGCAGGAAUUUUUAUUUAUUACCUGUGUUUAGUAUGUAAACGUGAAAUGAACUAGUGGAUCUUUUGAAAUGGAUGACACAAAUAUUUCUUGGAAUAUGUGUCUGACUUUUACUGCACUUAAUAAUGGUGGUUCAUCAUACAUUCCUGAAUAUGGGGUGGGACGGAAACAUUUGAGGUAAUUUUUAUCAGAUAUCAGUUAUCUACGACUUUCACUCAUACUAAACGAAUUUGGAUGGUAGUGAUGGUAGUGGCUUUGAAUCUGCUGUUUUGACGUCUUAUGCCGUGAAAUUUUCAGUAUUUGGUUAGGAAGUCUGUAUGACAGUUCCCAGAUUGAGAUUGUAUUGCUAUGUGUUGGUUGAAUCUUAAAUUUUGAUUUUCUAUUUAGUAUUGUGGUCGUUGUCAGAUAUAAUUGUAAAAUGAUUAUUUCUCACAAUGGUGGUCUUUUCAGUUUUUGUUACAGAAGCAUCAUUAGCUUUAGUGUCAAAUUACUAAUAAUACAGCUAAAUGUUUAUUAGUUAUGUUUUAGUGACCUGGACAUCCGUAAUAGUGUGUUUAAACCUGCGUGCCUUAUUAAACCUUGAACAGUUUAUCUGAUAAAUGGAAGUACUUUGCAUUUUUCCCCCCUGACUAUACUAACCAAGUGUUAAACAUAUAAGAUUUUUCCUUGUUUAGAUGACCUAUUCCCUGAAAUUUCAAAAACAUGCUAAAAUGCAUUGGACAAGUUGCAUUUUGCACUUCUGGAACAACCAUUUAUUUAAAUUGCCUAUCUUUGUGACAAAAAACAUUUAAAAAAAUCUUACUUUUGCAGAUCAACCAGAGCCUAAGAAAGUUGCUCCUCCAAAUAAUGAUUGUAAGUAUGUUUUUACCUUGUGGUCAGCUCUUAAGUGUACUUGUCAAAGCAAGUGUUUAAUAUUCUAUUCUAUACAUAAUUAUGAUAUACCAGUGUUUAUGUGCACAUAGUGGUUGAGUGCAUGCGGCAGAGUUGCUGGGUGGUCUUGUGCCUCUAUCCCUAGAAACAGUAAUUAGAUCUGCAAUACAAACCACUUUUGAAACUGCACCACAUGUGUUGUAUAUAGGGAUUUUGUUUGUGGGAGGGCUAUCUUAAAUAGGAGUGGAAGGAGUCUUUCUGAAUCAGUCAGUAUUUGCUUUUUUAAAACAGAAUAUUCAUAUUAAUAAAAGGAAUAUAGUUUUGAAAUGAGCCAAAAGUUCGAUAGUUAAAAAGUGGUAGUUGGCAGGGAUUUUUAUUCAGGAAGAUAUGCUGUAUUGAGUCAGAACAUGUAUCCAUAGAGCAGUAUUGUCUUUAGUAACUGUCAGUGGCUGCCCCCAAGGCUUUAGGUAGGGGUUUUUUCCUACUAUGAGAUACCUUGGGUCUGCUGCUGAGCUUUGGCCCUUACCUCCCUUUAAUUAAUAUAUAUAUAUAUCUAUAUAUCUAUCUAUAUAUCUAUCUAUCUAUCUAUAUAUAUAUAUAUAUAUAUAUAUAUAUAUAUCACACUAUGUAAUUAUUUAAUAAAACCAUUUGAUUGUUUAGAAAACUCCUAAAACAUAACUUUCGUAUGUUUUAAAGUAAGGUGGUAUAUUUUUCUUGAUUUUACUGUUUUAGCUUUUGUAAAGCUAAAACAGUAAAAUCAAGAAAAAUAUACCACCUUACUUUAAAACAUAUGAAAGUUAAAAUACUGAAACAGAAUAAAACUACCUCAGAUUUCUAAGCAUCUGGGUGAACGUCUCUAAACAGGAAUGUUUUUAGCAAGGACUGAAAAGAAUACAAUGAAGACGCCUUCUUGAUCUCAAUAGACAGGGAGUUCCAAAGUGUACGCACUGCCUCACUAAGCCUAAUCAAGUUCAUACAAAUGCAGAACAGAUAUUAUGUGGCAUCUGUAUUAGUGUCAAUUCCGCCGAUUGAAGCGAUCAAGGGGACACAUGUUGGGUAGGGCAAUCUCGUAAGUAAACUGGUCCCAAGUGAUAGUAACACCUUGAACUUGACCCGGUAGCAAAUUGACAACCAGGGCAGAUCUCUCAGCAGGUAUUAUAUGCUGACAAGGCAUUAUACACUAAACUGUAGCUUCUGUAUCAAGCACAAAGGAAACCCCACAUAGAGCACGUUGCAAUAAUCCAGUCUUGGAAGUAACCAACACAUGAGAAUAGAACAUAGCAUUUGAGCAGUCGUUAUGAAGUGAUGCAAAAGACAAGCCAGGAGACAAAUGUAAACUUUCCAUAGACAGAUUGUGAGCUGCUAAUCCAACAUAUUUUAUUACCGCUUUUCAGCUUGUAGCAGCCUUUUAUGUAGAAGAGGAAAUAUGGGAAAGGACAUUCUAUAGUUUUCUGUUAUCCCUCUUGAGGAUAUUUUCUUGCUCAAUCCUAUCUUCUAAUCAUGUUUUAUAUGUUGUUGGGCCCAAAUAUCCAGUGUAAAAAGGUUAAAACUAAAUUUAGACAGCAGGUUGGAUUCAGUGUUGCAUCAGAAGUUUGUUUGCACAAGGUGCCUCUGCAUGAUUUUCACAUAUUCUCACAUCACACCUUUCUCCUAGGAAAGGUUUUUUUUGAGGAGAUGCAGGGACCUGUAAGAGGGAAGGGAUUGAAAGCCCUUUUUUGCUGCUGCUUCUCCCCCGCAAUCCUUCCCUCCAGCUGUUUUGCCCCCAAUCCCCAUCUCGCACCCCAUCUCUGGGUCCAAGAGUGGAAAGAGAGGCAGGGAAGGCUUAAGAACCUCCCUCCCACCCCGUCUCCUGUGAAAAGGCCCCUUCCAUACAUUUUUAUUAUUGUUGUUUAGCAAACACACUUUGGAUCCCUCAUUGGCUGAUGUAGUCUGUAGUUCCACCCCAUGUCUUCCAGUAUUUUGAAGGCUAAUAAUGUUCCAGUAAGAGGCACCUUUCUCACUUUGCUCUACAUUUAGUAAAACCUUUCCCACUCUGUGCCUCUUUUGUGUAUAAUUUUUAAUCAUUAAAAAAAAAAUGAAAGCCCUUUUUGUGGGCAGCUUCUGCAAUGUUUGGUCAAAAGCAGUGGGUUGGCUACUUACAUGGAUUUGGAAGGAGACUAUCUGAGUUCUGCUUUUAAUGGAAAACCCAAAAUAGAAAAAUGUGUAAAAAUUUCAACAGGAAAUUUCUUACUGCAUAAUUGGAUUCAUUAUAAGUCUGCAGACUUAUUUAGAGUUCUGUUAUAAAAAUCUGAACUGGUUAAGUAAGGUUACAUUUUUAAUGGGUUAUAGAAUGUUGUAGAUACUGCAGCAUGUUCUUUCAAUGCAUUUGAAAUGUGUGCUUCCCAUCAUGUUUAGAAAUACCUCCCAUAUUAAUUGGUUAACACUAUGCUGAACAUAAGUAGCAAUGUACCCAAUGAGACAAGUUGUUAAAAUGCAUUGUAGUAUAAUCCCAUGCCUUGCCUUGUUGUCUGCUUCUUAUAAUGGAGGAUAGAGAUAUUAAAGCUUAUUGAGCAGCUAGGUUCUAUAAUGGUACUUGGGAGACAGGUAGCAAUAUAUAGCUGCAGCAUAAAAGGAUUGAGCACAGUAGCUAGUUGGGGCAGGACGUAGGUUCAGAGUAUGGUUUGCAUCAGUUUGAAUUUGUGUAUGCACAGUAGGUCUUUGAUUUGCCACUGUGCUGUGGAAUUUAGAGCAGGUUUCUCAUAUGUGUAGCAUUAUGAAGGAGAGGGGUGUGGUGAAUUUACUAAAAACCAUUUUUCCUUCUAUUUUUGCCUUCUGAAAGACCAGAUAGUGACUUUGGAAAUAUUUUGUUAGAUCCAAAGGCUUCCUUCUUUGUGUGGAAGAUGUCUUCUGCUCACUGGAGGACUGUUUUAUACGUCGUUCCAAAGAGCUCUGUAAGAAAAGUGAAACAACUAUGUUCUUACACAAGCAGUGAUAACUCAUAUAAACCCUUAAUUUAUAUCUUGUGCAAACUCUUAAGGUAGCAUUUACAGACGUAUUGGUGGAAAGGCAUUAGUUUAUAUUUUCCUAUUGUUAAUAGUUCAUUGUUCCAGCCCAUAGUUGCAAUUAUUGUAUAGAGCAGCACAUCUUUUGGUGUGUGCGAAACACAGUCUGGAAGCCUGAUAAGCACAUUAAUUAGUCACUCAUCAAGGCAUCUCUAUCUGUUGGUUAAUAUUGUGAAAUACACAGAAGUAAAAGCAGCCUAAUGUAAAAGUGUUGAGAAACUUGCUUUUAGUACAGUGUUUCUCAUACUUGGGUCCCCAACUGGUGUCAGCCCUGACCACUGGUUCUGCAAGCUAGAGAUAAUAGCUACUAGUAAUUGAUAGCCUUAUUCUCCAAGAAUUUGUCUAAAACCUUUUCAGGCCGUAGAAGUUGGUGGCAAAUACUAUAUCUUGUGGUUGUGAAUUUCAUAGUUUAGUUAUGUGCUAUGUGAAGAAAUUCUUUCUGUUCAGAAUCUUCGAAAGUACUGGGGGGGGGGAUCUCAUCCAUUUUAUGAACCUCUUACCAUAUUUCAUCAUCAUCAUUUUAUUUGUAUGCCUCCUUUCCAUAGUUGAAACUAUGCUCAAGGCUGCUUACAACAAGACAAGAUUUACAUAAGUACAAGCAUCACAGAAGUCAUAAACAUUAAUAAAACACAUCAAAAAGUACACAAUCAAAUGGAAACAAUUUGCACAUAAAUCAUAAGAUCUAAAACUAAAGACACAACAAUAAUAUUCCAGCCCAGAAUCUGUUCAUCAGCCUCAGUUUUUGUAGCUGGAGUCAGUCAGCACUCCACUCUCCCAGGCCAGAUGGGAAAAGGCCAGCAAGGCAGGGUGCAGGUCUUCCAGGGCUGACAGCCAAGGUGGUCUUAUUUAAAACAACACAGAUAAAAAAUAAAAGAGGAGCCCUCUGCUGAGCAGCAGCCACAGUCCUUGUGAAGCCUGUCAGGCCCCGUCCAAGCCAGGUGGAGAGAGGCAAGGGCAGGGCAUUCAAAACUAUAAAUCAGGCAUAGGCAAACUCAGCCCUCCAGAUGUUUUGGAACUACAACUCCCAUCAUCCCUAUGCCUGCUAUAAAUCCUCAAAUGUUGUAAGUUCCCUCAUAGGACAGUUGUUUCGGCCCCAUGAUCAUCUUGGUUGCCCUUUCUUGAAACUUCCAGCUCUACAAUACCCCUUUGUAUUUGUGAUGAUCAGAACUUUCUUUUGAAAUUUUAUAGCCUGCCUUUCAGCCAAAUGAUAUAUGGCAUACAUAUGCAUUAUAACCACAACAAGCAUAUAAAAACAAAACAGUUAACACUUUAGAUCGUCAUGAAAACGUACAAACAGCAGCAGGAACAAUAAAAACCCCACAGUGCAUCUCACCUCUGGCAUCAAGAAAGGUGCACAGGUACACACUAUUCCAAGUGCAUUUGAAUUGAAGGCAUUGCGAUGUGGGCUAGUAAUGAUUUCUAGAAUGGAGCUUGCCUUUUUCACAGACUGGGGUCAACAAUUUGAUAUCAUGCAAACCUGGCCACCUCACUUCUCCAGGUCAUUUAUGAACAAGUAUAAAGUGCAAGUCCCGGGAUUCAUCCUUGGGAGGCCACACUUUAUAGAACCAUCCCAUUUAUUCCUCAGAAAUCCACCAUUCACCUUCCAUACAGUAGUGGACAGGUGCCACAAUCCUCUAGAAAAGAUUUUGGGAGUCAGGAAGGGAAAUAAUUGAAAACUCGAUAUACUGAAUGUUUGCUGUUAUCUUUCAAGGCAUAUAGGAUCUGAUUUUACUUUUUUUGGAGCCCUACAUUUUAAACAGCUGAAUAUGGACCCUAUCAAUAAUAUGCUUAACAAAAAAAGUUACUAUUGGUAAGGGGCAAAAUACAAAAUAAUAAUGGGUUGUAUCCAACACUACGCCAGCAGAGUUCUGCUUGCGCAACUGACUUCCCCUGCCUCUUGUCCCGCCCUACAAUCUGUUCUGGAGGGUUCUCCAACCUUCUGAAGAAGGUUUUUAGGGUGCAUUGUGGACUACGAGGGAGGAGUGCCAUUGUGAGAGUGAACUAGCAGCAUUAAAUACAAGCCAAAGUAUUACAGUUGGAAAGGCUAACAAUAACAGAUUAAAUCCAAUGCUGCUAUUACAGGAGGUAUCAGCUGCUGUAAAGAAAAAAAAAGAGGGAAGGUAAUUCUAUCCAAUGCAGUGGCAUCAGGGUUCCACUGGCAUAACACGACUUAGGUUUUCUCUCUUCUGCCCCAUCCAUCUGCUCCAGUGGGUCCCCCAAACUCUGGAGCUGAUUUUGUGGAAGGGAACAGGAGAGGGAAGUUUUCUUGCUAACACUGCAAUAUCUUGUGCUAGUGAAGCUGCAGUGUUGGAUAGAGCCAGUGAUAUUCUGUUACUAAAAUGGCAAGCCACAUGCAACUCCUACCCCUUGCUUCAAAAGAGAGUGGGAGAUAGGACUUUGGGUUGGUGAUUGUUCAUACCUAAGUACUGUACAUACAGUGUGCUACCCCAACACAAAGAAAAUCCUAAUGCGUGUUUACUGACUAUUUAUUCAUUGGGAUAGGAGAAGAAAUCUGAGAGGUAAUCACAUUAAAGGUGAAGGCAAAAAUGUUCUGCCCACUGAAGAGCCAAGUUCCAUUGAUCUUACUUCAUAAUAAUUUACUGUAUAAGAGUAGGGAGAGAAAGGGGAAGUUGUGCAUAAGAGUAGGAAAAACAGUGAGCUUGGUCCUUGCUCUCCUAUCCUUGUAUUCUUGACCUAAUUCAUUUCUUCUCAGUUUUCAGCAAUCUAUAAUUUGUCUUUACUUUCUGGCUGGCAGAUUAUGUCUAUUUUCCAUGCAUACCAGGGUUUGAUAUUGAUUUGCAAUCCAGAUAUACCUUGUGAAGCCUCAGUCAUAGUUUGCUUGUUCUGAGCUAUCAGCAAAGUUGGAAGGAAAUGGUUACACUGGGCAUAUGACAGGACAAAAAUCUAAGCCUAUGUCUCAUUCUAGGCUUGUUCAAUCAUCAAUUCAUGGUUUGGUGCUCUGUCUGACCUCAGUUUAUUGUACCCAGUUCUGUCUUUCCCCGUGUGAGAUAAUUAUAGGGCAGUCUUAUCCACCUCUAUCCAUUGAGUUCAGUGAGGAUUACUCCCAGUACAUGGGUUUAGGAUUGUAAUUGUAGUUGUGAUACUUUGGGUUGAAUGGGAGAGAUGAAAAAAGUUAAUAUAUAUGCAAAUUGUUCAUAUGGUAGGCUGUGUGUUGCACCCAUUGUCAUUUAUUCCAGAGCAUUUAAUGGAAUUAAAAUAUUUACCGUAUAUAUUUAUUUUAGCCUUUGGAAAUCAGAUGCCACCCAUGCAUCAGCAACAGAGGUAGGAUACUUUUUUCUGAUUCUUCUAAGAUGUAACUGUUCAUAUUGACUUCUCCCAAGAAUUUAUAAAAGUACUUCAAAAUUGCAUAUAACAAUCCCAAGCAGGAAUGACUCCAGUAUGUUAAUUCAUCUACUUGGCAAUUUUAAUUUGUCCCUUGUGAAUAGACCUUAAAACUGCCAGGAAAUUUGGAUCUGGUGUAACUUUACACCGGUUUAACUUUCAUCAGCUUGCUUUACUUCAGCUAAUCUGUAUAGUAUUACUCACUUACAGUUGGUAUAUUUGUGCUUAUUACAUACCUCUAAGCAAGCAUUGUACAGGCAUGGAUGCUUAGCUGUGUGAGCUACAAAUCUGAGCCUUCAAGGCACAUUUUAGAAACAGGCAACUGAUUAAUAAUGUAGCAUGUGUGUGUGGUUUCUUAGAGUAACCAUGCCACUUUCCAAAAAGUAUUUUUAAAAAUAUGCCAUCCAUAUUAAAGCAAUGUUCUCUUACUGCCUUCAGCUAAAAUUGAAUCAGGAUGUUAUUCAUUAAUUUGAUGGCAAUGUAAGCAAAUCUAUCAUUGCUACUCAAAUCUCUUUGAAAAUAAGAUGCCAGUCAGUUCAGCAUGACAGAGAAAUCAUUGCCUCUUUCAAAAUAGCUUGGACCAGUAAGGGUGUUACUAUGUUUAAGGACAAGAAAUAAGGCUUAAAUCAGCUUGAUAAGGUAAAUAAAAAGAACCUGUUCAUUAGUGAAUUUCCUCCUUCAUUGUAGGAUAGAUUUAUUUCUCUUUACAUAUGCUUUUCAUAUAUUUGCUGUUAUUUGUGACUUCUGUAUUUAAAUUAAAAGUAGACAGGGCUAUUUUCUAUUUAUGUGGACUCAGAGGCAUCUCCGCCUGACCAUGUUUUCUCCUGCAUCCCCAGCAAAUGGUCGCAAAUUGUCUGUUGCUGUUCUUGUGUGAGCAGAAUAGCUCUCCACUCACACAGUGGGGUUUAACCUUCCUCUCCUUCCUCCUACAUGCCCCCAAAUCUGCUCUUGCAUGUUGGGGAAAACCAGAGUAAAUUUUAGAGGCAUGUAGGGGGGUGCAGGGUGGAGAAGAGCAAGGUAAAAUCCUGUUUCAUAAGUGGAAGUUCUCUUCUGCAAACCUCUGCCUUAAAUCACAUGUAGUGAUUAUGAAAUUCAAAUCUAUUCAAAGUAUUGAUAUUAUUGUACCUAUUCAUUUAAAAUAAUUGGCUCCUGAUAAAAUUACUAUCAUUUAUUUGUAGGAUUGCAAAACUACAAAUCUGGCAAAGAAAAAAAACUAAUAGGAACUAGAUAAUACAAUAUAAUUCUGAAGUUUAUUUAGAGAAUUCCAAACAAGGUGCAAUAUAGUUUUUGUUAUUUUUUUUCAGGUCUGUAAUGACAGAAGAAUACAAAGUUCCUGAUGGAAUGGUUGGAUUCAGUAAGUAGUGUAACCUUGCUAUAAAGUAAUUAAAAUAUACUGAAUGCAAUUCAUGCAAUAAUUCUGGUUUGUUUGUCCAUUUUUCAAGUAAUUGGCAGAGGAGGAGAACAGAUUUCUCGCAUACAGCAAGAAUCUGGAUGCAAAAUACAGAUUGCACCUGGUAACUAUUUCACUUCCUGUUCUAUUAAUGAAAAGUAUGGAACACAAGCAAGUAAUGUUACAACCAAACCAAUGUUUUUAAUUAUUUUCCACUCUUUAGGAGAAACUAUUUUGGGAACAAGUAAUGGGUUAAAAUUUGGAUACAUUUUGGACAAUUGAUUUUGAGUACCUUUUGAAUGUGUAAUUCAGUUUUAAUGCAUAACUGCUGGCUACUGAUUUCUUUCUUUAGUAGUAUUAAUUCUGUACUAUUUCCAUUUUAUAGAUAGUGGUGGCAUGCCUGAAAGAUCUUGCAUGUUAACUGGAACCCCAGAGUCAGUACAGUAAGUGUUCGCUUAAAACUUUCAAAUAGGCUGAUGUGUUUUUAAUGAUGGUUCUGUAUGUUAAAGAACAUAGUGUACUAUGUCAGAAAUUACUUUCUGGUGUCCUAGGUGAAGAAUGAUCAUUGUUUAGGCAUGGCAAAACUUUUGUAUAGUUUGAGGUUUUCCCCCAGGUAUAUCCAGUACAUUUUAACCUACCUUUCUCUUAUCUGCACUAUUCUGCGGAUCUUCAUGUUCUGUGUUUUCGAUUGUCUGCAUGCCCUGCCUUUUUCUUUUCGCAUCCAUGCUGCUUAUACUCAGUGACAUUUUUCUUGUCCUCCUCCCUAAAUGGAAGGGCUGUGGGCACUGUAAAGAGUCACAGAUUUUCAUUUGCUGUUAAGCAGAUUACUUGCUUUUCUAGUUAGCCAUCACCCAUUUGACUCUGCUGUUUGUUCCUGUUAUGUUUUCCCCCAGUCUUGCCACUAUUAUAAAUUGUAUAUUUUUCAAGGUCUGCAAAGAGAUUACUUGAUCAGAUAGUUGAAAAAGGAAGGCCUACGCCAGGAUUCCAUCAUGGGGAUGGUCCAGGAAAUGCAGUCCAGGAAAUUAUGAUUCCAGCUAGCAAAGCAGGAUUAGUUAUUGGAAAAGGUGGAGAGACAAUAAAGCAACUUCAGGUAAGCUGGAAAAAAUUAAUUUGUGGGCAAAUGCAUUAAAGUACUAAAUUUGCAUAAUCUGUACAGCUUAAUUUUGUUGAAUAUAGGAGAGAGCUGGUGUAAAAAUGGUAAUGAUUCAAGAUGGACCACAGAACACUGGAGCAGACAAACCUCUUAGAAUCACAGGAGAUCCUUAUAAAGUUCAAGUAAGAUGAUAUUUUAAUUUUUAAAAAUAAUGUUCCUUUAUAUGAAUUAAUUUUAAGAUUGUUGCAUCUGAAUUUUACCUCAUUCUUUUUAGCAAGCCAAGGAAAUGGUUUUGGACCUAAUUCGUGAUCAAGGUGGUUUUAGAGAGGUGCGCAAUGAAUAUGGCUCAAGAAUAGGAGGAAAUGAAGGAUUAGAUGUGAGUAUAAUGAGAACAUUUUAUGAAAUGUGUUUUUUUCAGAGCACUUCUUUUUCUUCAAAUUUGAAUAAAGGGCAGGAAAGUAUGUAAUGGUAUUCUUGUAUAUGCUAUUAAUGUAUUGUUGUUUUGUAGUGAUUGCUUUCCCCCCUAUGUUUUUAGCUGUUUCUGUUUUAGCUGUAAGCAGCCUUGAUUCUUCCAGGAGAAAGGACAGGAUAUAAAUAAAAAGAAUAAUAAAAGAUUUUUAUUUCGUUUUUUGGCCCUUAUAAACUUAGUGAUGAACUUCUUGGCAAUUAUUGAACUCUUUCUCUAAAACAUAAUGGUUAUGAUACUUAUGGGUUGUAUUAAAUAUUUUGUUAGAAAAAUAGCUUGGAAAGGUUUACAGCAGGCUUCCUCAACCUUGGCCCUCCAGAUGUUUUGAGACUACAGUUCCCAUCAUCCCUUACCACUAGUCCUGCUGAUGGGAGUUGUAGGUCAAAAACAUUUGGAGGGCCGAGGUUGAGGAAGCCUGGUGUACAGCUAUUAAUUUUCCUACUGUUCUCUGACCUUUUGUUAACUUAAUCCUCUUCACGGCAGCUUUAUUGUGGGUUGCUUGUAUGUUUGAGAUGUGUCAAAAGUAGUGACCUAAACCUAGAUAAAUACUUUUGAUUGCUUUGAAACAUUUGCUGAAAAUUUGUUCUGUUUCUUCAGGUACCAAUUCCAAGAUUUGCAGUUGGUAUUGUAAUUGGAAGAAAUGGAGAAAUGAUUAAAAAGAUACAGAAUGAUGCUGGUGUGAGGAUACAGUUCAAACCAGGUGAAAUGCUUAUAUGUACAUGACAUAAAAUUCAGAGGUUUUCUCCUAAUUUUUAAAGUAAAUUUGUUUUAAUAUUCCAUUCCUCUUCCAGAUGAUGGAACAACUCCAGACAGAAUAGCCCAAAUCACAGGACCUCCAGACAGAUGCCAACAUGCAGCAGAAAUAAUUACGGACCUUCUUCGAAGUGUUCAGGUUGGUUCAUAGCUGCUAGGAAUGUUUAUGAAAUCAAGUGGUUUAUAAAAUAUUACUGGGUUUCUUUUAAAAUGUAUUUGAAUACAUUUCUCAACUUCAAAGGAAGUGGGCUAAUGGGAGCUUUAGUAUGUGAUAGUUACUUAAAUAGCUGUGUUAACAAAUUUCUAGCCUUGAAACCAAAAAUAUCCACCAGCCUACCUAUGAUGGUCAUUCUGGGUUAAAAGAAGACAUCAACUCUGCAAAUUGUCAGUCCCUGUUUGUGAUUCUUGUUCACUGCAAGGCUACAGAAAUCCGCAAUUCAGGAAAAAAUAUUUUGCAAAAUAAUUUAAUGGUGUGAAAUAAGUUCUCAUCAGUUUCUGGGGUGUGCUUUCAUAUGUAAAACUGCUGGCAUGAGACACUUUGAUUCUAGGAUUAAUGGAACUUUGUCCUUCUAAGCUUUGUGGCAAAUGAUGGUUUUCAGUGGGAUAGAUAAAUGCUGAGCCUCACCUCAGUGUGGGUUAGCCAACACUUUGUUUGCCAAGCAUGGUGUUGCUGAUUAGCAGUGUACAUAGAAAGAUUGUUGACUGAAAGCUGUCAUUCUGGGGAAAUACAGACAACAUUGAUAGGUAAGGUUGUUUGUCAAAGACAUGGUUUUCACUAAGUGGUUGUGCUCAUCCUGCUUGCUAUCUUCCCAUAGGCAUCUGGUUGAUCCUUGGGAGAACAGGAUGCUUAAUAAGAUGGGCCAUUGGUCUAGUCCAUCAAGGUGCCUCUUGUAUCCCUAAAGCUAUGUCUGCACUGAGUUACUUCAGAUUGCAGGUAGAGGCUCAUACAAAAAAAAAAAAUACUGUAUAUAGAAAAAUAGCAUGUCAAAGAAGGGCUAAGUGUGGACCCUAUUCCAUGCCAUUUAUUUGGUAUGGGGGUGUAAUAAUUAUAGGGGUUGCUCGUGCGUAAGUUGCCGCCACUCCUGGCUAGGUUGCCUGGUUAAACCUUUUCUGUCUGGACAGCCCUUCACUUCGUGGCUGUUUCAGUCGCUAGCAGAAUCCGUCAGUGGGCGUUUCUUAAACCUUUUCCAGCAUAAAAGCUGUUUGACGCCAAGUCUCCUCCUACUCUCCCUGCGCGGAAGUCUUCUGCGCAGGGAGGGUGUGGGUAGUGGAGGACCUGUGCUCUCCCCGCUGGUCUCCGUCAAGGAGUCCUGGAGCCCCCUUGCCGAUUCCCCCAUCUGCCCCCCUUUAUCACUGGUGUUACGCUGAUUUCCUUCCCCAGCUGAUGAGCUGCCUCUCUCCCUGCUGGGCCCUUCUCCAGCAUCACUUGGGAGCCUUGCCUCCGCCUCUGGCUCCGAUGUCAGUUCCCUGACAGGGGGUAAAUGCACUCCUUUGGUUGCCAGUUGUGAAAUAUAUCAGCAUUACUUUCAGCUCUCCUACCUCACUAUAUAGAGCAAUACUCAUGUCAUGUCAGUUUGAAACAGUAUACCCUGGGCAGACAUUUGCUAGUGGUAGCUAUGCUUUUUGUUUCACAUCUCUGCCCCAGGUGCACAUAAAAUGUAUGCCAUAUUUUAGCUAAACCCCUAUCCCUUCCUUACCCAUCCUCAUGGUUCCUUGGCCCAAAUGCUUUUCAUUCAGCUGACUUUGAUGCAUCGGAAGGAUCAGAAAAAGGUAAAAUAGAUUCUCCAAUGUCUGCAAAAAUAUUGUUCCUCUUUUAAGACAUUGGCAUAUAUACAAUAUGCAUCGUAUUUUUGUAAUUUUGACAGAGGGAAAAUUGCUAGUCAUUUUAGGUUGCAGUAAUUUUGAAUUAUUUCUGAUUUUGUUUUGUUUUGUUCAUCUCAAUCUAGGCUGGCAAUCCUGGUGGUCCAGGACCUGGUGGUCGUGGGCGAGGUAGAGGUCAGGGCAAUUGGAAUAUGGGACCACCUGGUGGAUUGCAAGAAUUUAAUUUCAUUGUUCCGACUGGAAAAACUGGAUUAAUUAUUGGGAAAGGUAAUAAACUCGAUUUAUUUGGCAGAUCGCUUUUCUAUCUUCUGUUACAUUUAAACUGAGAUUUUCUAAAUGGGGUAGCUGUAUUCAGUGUUGAGUAAUGUGUGACAACAUCUUACUGUCAUCGAUUAGGCACUGGGACUAAGGUGGUGGAAGUGUCACUUUUCCUUGAGGAGCUAAAGAAUGUGUUACUCCUCCUCCUCCUGAAUAGGGCCAGUAAAACAAUGGAACAAAAAGGUUUCCCACCACAAAUUCAAAUAUAGCCUUAAGUGAAUCUGUUCAAGAUGUCUUGCUCUGUUUUAGACUGAUAAUAUUUCUUCAGGCAGGGGAGCAGAGACUUGUUUAAAAUUUCCCUACUCUGUUUCUUUAGGAACUAGCAACAAAUUCAGUGCAAUAAUUUGUACUUAAAAUUUCAGGUGGUGAAACUAUCAAGAGCAUUAGCCAGCAAUCUGGUGCUAGAAUAGAACUGCAAAGAAACCCACCACCAAAUGCAGAUCCAAAUAUGAAAUUAUUUACCAUCCGGGGGACACCACAGCAGAUUGACUAUGCUCGGCAGCUCAUAGAAGAAAAGAUUGGAGUAAGUAUUCUGGAAAACCAUAUUUCUUUAAUUGUUAUGUAAAGUAAGAGGAAACCAGCUCAAGUUGCCUCAUGAUUCUAGUAGUAAUUGGCAGCUUUGGGGGGAAAUACACAAAAUAUACCUUGCAUUCUUGAUGCAUUUUCUCACACGUCAUAGAACUAUUUGAGUAGCGAAUAUUUCAAGCUGUUUGCCCUAAUACAAUUGCUGUUUACCCCGUGAGCUGUUAGCAGUCAAGGAGCUAGUACUUCUAAGUUUGAAUGUCUUCUUAGUCCACUGAUUACUGCAAGAAGCUACAUGAGAACCAAAUAAUGUGAGUUCUGUAAAAAUUAGUGUGGCUGCAGAAUCUUUUUAGAGCAAAGGAUUUCUGGAGGGAUGGAGAGCUGGAAUUCCUUCCCUGAAGGAAAUAUUUAGAGAAGAGGAGCAUUAGUUGGACAUUGGAACAAGCUUGUUCUUACAGUUGGUUGAUAGCAACUUCAUCCAUGUCAUUUAUCUUUGCUUUCAGGGUCCAGUAAAUCCUUUGGGGCCACCUGUGCCACAUGGACCUCAUGGUGUUGUCCCUGGGCCACAUGGGCCCCCUGGGCCGCCUCCUGGGGCUCCAAUGGGACCUUACAAUCCAGCUCCCUAUACACCUGGCCCUCCUGGUCCUGCACCUCAGUAAGUAACUUACUCUUAUAAAUAAAUUGGCAAAGGUAUCAUAUAGAAAACACAAACCCUUUUGCUACUGGGAUGGGUUUUGUUUUGAUAACUACUUAACCACAAAACUGAGCAGACCCCUUCUCCACCUUCACUCUCCCCACCCCUGAACACCGGGCUGCAUCAGUAGAACUCAGGCCAGAACUUGUUUUUGCUGCCUAAUAACGCAUUUUCUAAGUGCUAGUAAAUUAACAUUUUUAUUCACCAAGUAACCAAAAACAUUAUUGCAUAAUCCUUUGGUUUCAACCCAUUUCCAGGAUUGCUUUUAAUGCAUUUGCUACAAUAGUUGCAGCUGCAAAUAGCUAAUUAGAUUCCCCAGAAAUAGGGUGUUCCAGCACUGGGUGGGGAAAGUGCUGUAAAUUGGGGGUUCUGCCCCUCCAAGCACCAGUGGCAAGCACGUGACUUGUUUAGAAGUCUGAAGUAGCUGCAGCUGCUGUGUUUUGUUGCUUUCCAUUUCUAUUUAAUAAUGAUUGCACAUACGCUUCCUCCUUAGUGGCCCUCCAGCACCAUAUGCUCCGCAAGGAUGGGGUAAUGCUUAUCCACACUGGCAGCCACCGAAUCCUCCAGAUCCUGGUAAGGAGAAACAGUUUAAGAAACUACAUGUAUUCUCGUGUCCAGCCAAGAUGGUGUUCGAUUGCAUUGAGUUCCAUGUUUAAAACGAGAGAUAACAUGGUACAUUAUUUUUAAAAUUCCUAAAUAUGUUGACUCUGAAACAAAUCCUACUGAUUUAUUGACAUUCACUCCCAAGGAUGUUUGCAUAGGAUUGCAAUUUGAGCCACGUGACUAAAUAUUGUUGAAAGUUUAAGAAAUUGACCUGGGCUACUUUGACUUAAAGCAAAAUUCUGUGCAUGCCAUAAUUUUAAAAGAUAUGUGUAUUUAGGAUUGCAGCCUUGAACCAAAAUAUGGUUUGUAUACGGCCAAUUAGACAGGAACUGUGUGACUAAACUAUAGCCUGUGGAAAAUAAAGGAAGCCUACCAAAGAUAUGUUGAACUUAAAGUAAUGUUUAAUUUCCUAGGUAAGCCAACAGACCCUAAUUCAGCAGCAUGGGCAGCUUAUUAUGCUCACUACUAUCAGCAGCAAGCACAGCCACCACCUGCAGCUCCGCCUAGUGCACCACCAGCCACUCAGACCAAUGGACAAGGUACCCAAUCAGUUUUGUAAGAUCAUUGUAUUUGGAGGCUUGGAUCCUAAGAACUUUAAGGAAGUUCACUGAAGGAAGGUUUGACUCUUCGAAAAAGCUCUUCAGGGACCUCUCCUGAAUAAUGUGGGGGAAAGGUCUGCUCAAUUUGGAGUGAUUAUCCCAUUCCACAUUGUCCAUUAAAGAAUCUCCAGUCCGCAGAAGAGGCUUUUCAGGGAGGCACAAGUCGGUGGGAGGGCAAAAUUUCAUUUCAUGAACUUCCUUGAGUUCAUUCAAACUUCGAAUCCAGGGCAUUGUUUUGACCAGAUAUACUCAUAUAAUCUGAGACACACAGUCUUGCCUCACAAAUUCCACCUGAAAUUCUGAUGGUAUAACAAAAAUGAUCUGUUGCAAAAAUGAAUGCUGGUUUUCUAAGACUAGAAUUGAAAAUUGUGUUGAGCACUAUGUGGCAUGCUGGUGCAUUGAGACUAGAGAUUACCAGCUUCUGCAAGGGGAAGCGGCAUAACCUAGGAAGUGCCUGCUGGAUCAUGUCCAAUCCUCUUUGUUUUCCAAGUUAGUGGCCAUCUCUACCUCGAGUUUUUCCUUUUUCUGGCCCUAUCAUCUUAAUCUUACUUCAGCAAAAGUGCCCAGGGCAUUGUCAAGGUCUUGGCUACCACUGGAUUGCUGCUCUAUCCGUCACCUUUCUUUCUACCCUUCUCCAUCCAGUUUCCUUUGCGCUUGAUCUCUUAUCCUUUUUUUCUCACUCUUUUCACUAUGAUAGUGUGGCGAACAUUAUGUCAGAGGCUGACAUGCUGUCACCUAUUCACCAUUGCAGUUCAGGGUUCUAGUCCUGAUUUGGCAGUAAACUAUAGUUUGUCAUAUUAUUCAGACAGCUGCAUUAAGCUUGGCAAAUGCAAAUCAUGUGUUGGCAAGUCCUGGAUUGAAAUUCCUAGAUCUCUGGAUAAGCAGCAAGAAGAAUAACGUGAGCCUGAAACUGUUCAUGGCUUAUUCCUAUAGUGCCAGAGCAUUGAUGUGGCAUUGUGUGAAUCACACACCUGUUUCUUCCACCGUUCCUUCUAUACAGAGAUAGGAUAAGGCUAGUGUCACACACAGCCAUACAUACUCAGCUCCUGCUUGGAAGUGCCAAAUAGAAAAGAAGCCAGUGCUCCAGAUACCAUAUACUAAUCUGCAUUUGGGUAGAAAUUUGGCCUGAACAACUUGGUGCAUGACAACUGUAGGGUGCCCAAAUUUUGUCUGGAUUUCAUCACUGGUGUGCUUGUUGAUACCGUUAAUAGAUCAAAAUACUAGCCUUUUGUUAUACAUAAUAUAUUGCACUGUAGUGCUUUUAUUUGGUACUACAGCCAACUAUCAAACAACUCUUGCAAAAAAAAAACUGCAAUGCAUACACAUUUUCAAACACAUGUGGCCAUCAUGGUAUAUAGACCAGACUUUGUCAAAUUGGAAUCUGAGGGAGCCUCGGUAGAGCAAAGGAGUGGCUGGGGAAACCCAGCCAGAUGGGCGGGGUACAAAUAAUAAUCAGUGGAAGGGGUUUUUUGUUACUGACUUUUUGAAGAAAGGACAUCGAUGGAUGUGGGGUGUCCACCAACAGUCAUCAUGUAUGUCCUAUGCCUUGAGUCUUUGACUGUAAAAAAUACCAGUUUCAGAAUCAUUGCUUUAAACUACUUGGAAAAUGUGUAUGUUGUAUUUUGCAUCAGCUGUAUGCUUCUACAUUUCAGUGUUGGUAUCCUCUGCAGUUCCUAAAUAAGUGACUGACACUCACCCAUAGUGUAAUUUUGCUCAUUGUGCUGUGAGAUACCUUCCAAUUGACCUUGUGGGUUUUUUGGUCUCUUUGUCAGCUGUUGACUUCGCAUAAUGUGUGUAAAUUUAAAUGCACAACUAUCUCUGCCAGUAUUUCUAUCCAUGUUCGCACAAAAAACUUUUUCUUUCAACUUUCUUUUCAUGUAGGAGAUCAGCCAAAUCCAGCACCAGCAGGGCAGGUAGAUUACACCAAGGCAUGGGAAGAGUACUAUAAAAAAAUGGGUAUGUUUUACAUUUUUAUUGAUGUAAAAAGGAGGCUUUUAUUAUUUACUUCUCUAAAAAGCUUUGUUGUUUCGUAUGCUUUUUUUAAGUAGCAAGACAAUUUACUCGGUUGCUCCUGAAAUUAAGAAUUGGGAGUCUUAUGAAUACCUCUUCAUUAUGUAUCAAGAAAAGUGGGUUCUCAGGGAAUUGCAAGGAUAGCUAUUUUGCAUGAAGUGUAGAGUAACUUAGAUUUUGUAACCUAAAACAUCUCACCAUCUUUCUCCCUACCUUGUGGAGUUAUCAGUGCUUGAUAACAACAGCCAUUACACUUAAUGACCAUCAUCAUAUCAGAUGAUGUAUGCUGCCAGUAACGAGCAUAUCUCUAGCUAGCUAAAUGGAAAAGUCUGCCACACUUAAUAGACACCAUCUCACAGUUCUAUCAUUUCCAUUCAUGCCAGAUGUGUGUCAUGACAAGACCCAUGUAGUUCUUUCUUCUCUAAGGUAGGGACACACCAGAAUUCAGUGUCACUGUGCCUGCAAAGAGCAGAGAGGAAAGGUGAAGCUGUACCAUGUGAGUUAGGUUGAGGCAGGAACAACAAAAACGUGAUUGAGAGAGACUUGAGCCCUUUUGGAAUUUCAAGGGACAUUGACCAUUCUUAUAGAAUUAUCACAUCCUGGUUGUUGUUUUUAAUGAGCAUAAUUCAGAAAUUUACAAUUAAUCCCAUAUAUUUCAGACAUAAGGUUAGCCAGGUAUUCUUAAUCAGGGAAAUAUAUGUAGGUCUGACAGGAUGCUAAAUCUCUUAACGUAGACCAGCCUCAUUCUGGUAUUUUUGCUUGGGUGUGCCCGUAAAUUAAAAUUAUGUUAGUCAUUACUCCUGGAUUCAUUUGAUUGUGUGUGUGGCAGAGCGGGGGAAGAGAAAUAGAGUAUAUGCAGGACUAGUUUUUUCAGUUGGAUUUCAAGGAAUGCCAAAUUAGCUCUUGAGGGCAUAAUAGCCUUGUUAGCAGAUAAAGGUAGGCAUUUUCUUGAGUUUAGAGUUCUUCCAAAUGUUUUUAAUCAGCCUGGCAUAUGUGAUCUACAGACUAGUUCAAAUACAAUACAAAAUUGAGAGCCAGUGUGGUGUAGUGGUUAAGAGCAGUAGUCUCGUAAUCUGGGGAACCGGGUUCGCGUCUCCGCUCUGCCACAUGCAGCUGCUGGGUGACCUUGGGCUAGUCACACUUCUUUGAAGUCUCUCAGCCCCACUCACCUCACAGAGUGUUUGUUGUGGGGGAGGAAGGGAAAGGAGAAUGUUAGCCGCUUUGAGACUCCUUAAAGGGAGUGAAAGGCGGGAUAUCAAAUCCAAACUCUUCUUCUUCUUCUUCUUCUUCUUCUUCUACUACAGCAAUUCCAUAUGAUGAUUCUCUUAAGAAACUGCUAAGACCCUAGUACUGCUUUCUCAAUAUUUACAACUUUACCAGUAGUUCUAGUAUGAAUUAAUUCACAGUAACACCCUUGUUUGUGGUUUUCUACUGCUUACUCUGCUACAAAUUGAUUCAAACCUUGUUAGAGCAAAAUAGAAGUUUGGAUCCAGAGACCCAACUGUUUGAGUAGAAAGUGCUUCCCUCAGGUGGAGGGGCAUAUUGAAAGAAGUAUUUCACCCCUAUAACCUGGUUUCAGGUAGUUAGACUCUCUAGAAUGGCUCUUGAGAACAGAGGGUGGUUGAGUCAAUAAUAGACUCCUGUGAACAAGCAGAAAUGCUUUACAUGAUGCAGUGGGGUCUUUGGAUCCAUUCAAAGAUUCUGGUAGUCAUAUCCAAGGCUAUUAUUUUAUGACUGUGACAUAUUUGUAAAAGUAACUUACUAGCAUCACUGCAGGGAAUAUCUAUGCCCUCCACUCCUGAAUGUUGCAUAGCUUCAGAUUCAAAGACUUUUAAGUCCCAGUGUAUAUAUACUAUGCGUCCAAUAAUGUCAGCAUCUUGCUGAAGCUAAGCAGCUAUGCUGUUUAUAUGGGCAACUAUCUGGGAACCAUGUAUAUCACCUUAAGUUAAAUGUCAGAAAAUAAAAAAUAAUACAUUUGCUACUGUGCACUAAGAGCAGUAUCCAAGCAAGUUGUUCUGUUGGUAUAACAAUUUCCAUUUUGGCAAAAGUUUUACUACAACUUGGCACUAGUUUUUUGCGUGCAUUUCUUGUUCACGUGUCCCCUCAACUCCCUUUGACUAUACAGUGAUGUAUUUUAAAAUUAUGUAGAAUUAAUCCUUUCAUGGAUCAAGUUAAUAUCUUGUUUAUAGUAAGAUAUUAAAGCAUGCAUCAAUAAAUUGAAACAAGAUGCUAUACUUUAAAUAUCACAUUAAUGUUAAACAUUACUUCAAUAUUUCUAUUCUGCCAUUUUCCUAAGGUGUUAAGUACUUAAAAGAUUCCUGUACAUUAUCCUGUCUGAGCCACCUUGAUUAUUUCAGAAAUAGAAUUAACAGUAGACACUUGGAGGCCACUUUUUGGUCUGAUAAAUUACAACUUGCGGAAAAGUCACAUCAGUAUAGCAGUACUUUGUCUUCAGCCAUUUUUAUCAGUAUGGAUGUCCUUAUAGUUGGAAUUGUCUGAUUCCAAAGUAAUAUAUGAGCCAGUUACAGAACUUGUAAUUUAAUAUGUAUGUUAUUACCUGAAAUUGGGGGCUCAUGAUACUAUAUAUGAAGCUCAGUAGAUGACCUCUAUCUCAUAGGUUAAGCAACUUCAUAGGAUUCCUUGUGAUGCUAAAAGUUUAACUCCAUAUAUCUGAUAAUUCUUUGGAGGAAUGACAGGAUGUGGUGCUUCUAAAUCCCUUGAGUUCCUUCUCCCACCAUUACAUGCCAACUCACUUAGAAGGCGUGGGGAAAACAUCAAGGACAGGCUGGAUUUCUUUUAGUUUUUAUUGUGACCCUUUCCUGUUUCAAAAUUGCUGACACUUGCAACUUUAAGACUAAUGAUCUUGCUUCAUUCAGUAUAAAUAUGUAAUAUGCUUUGAAAGUCUAUUUUUUAUUAAUUAAUUAAAACAUACACAAUCAGUGAGCUAAUUUAAAGGAACCCAUGUGGUCACUAGGAAUUGACCAGCCUGACUCCUCUAUGUUCUGCAUAGGCAGCAAUUGAAAAAUGUAAUGUCGUUAAAUGUGUGUUAAACGUGAUUUGACAGGAAAUGCAUUCUUAAUUUUUGAAGCAGUGUUGGGAGAAGUAAUGUUCAAACUUUCUCAGUUUGAUACACUUCAGGGCUGGUUCACCUUGUAGGAACACGGCAGUGACUCCUGUGUGCCCACUUUGUAGAAUAUUGUGUAUACGUGCUGUACAUCCCCCUGCCCCCCAGCAAUACAAUUCUCACAGAGGGGGCAAUAACAUGGAUCGGGUGGGAUAGUUUAUGUAUGUAACAGUAUACUUAAUAUGGAGUGGGGCACCUCAGCUAUAGAUUUCCCCACACACACUUCUGCCGUAAACUUUUGAAGGGUGGGGCUAUGAGCCAUUCUACAAAUGCUGAGCUCAAAUGUAGGCAUACAGUGCUUAAAUCUUAAUUUUAAACUGUGGAACAAUGUGUAGAAGAAAAUAUACAAAUUAGAGAUUUAAUAUUAUCUCUCUCUUUGUUUGCACUAAACUUCAAAUAAAACAGCAAAGAACUCUUCCACUGUAUUCUUGUCUGUAAUUUUGGUGUACCUGGGAGCUGUGUUUACAUUAAAAUGUGGGGGGUUUUGCAGGUCAACAAGGGCAGCCACAAGAUUAUUCAAAGGCUUGGGAGGAAUAUUACAAGAAGCAAGGUAAUGUUUGUUAGAAACGAGAUUCUUUUGAGCUUCUUUUGUCCCUUUUAUGGCACCAGAGUUGUGUAAUGUAUGUUUGUUCUAGGUCAGGCAGUUCCAGCUCCAGCCGGAGCCCCACCAGCGGGUCAGCCAGAUUAUAGUGCAGCGUGGGCUGAAUACUAUAGACAGCAGGCAGCCUAUUAUGCCCAGACAAGUCCACAAGGAAUGCCACAACAUCCUCCAGCACCACAGGUAUAACAAUCUUGACUUAUUUGGCUGAUAUUUUAGUGAUUUUUUUUUUUAACCUUUAUCUCGUGGGGUGUUUUUUGUUUUUUUGCAUGUCUCCCACUUUGAUAUCUUACCUGGAGUAUGCAUUAUUUAUCCUGGUAAAAGACAAUCCGUAAAUUGAUUUAUGCUCUGUUAACUGGAGUUCUGUGUCUUUCUUUGCAUACAUUCGAUGUUUUUGAUCAAAAAAUUUCUCCUCCCAGGGUUUUUGAAGCCAUGCAGGAAGCCACCACCAUUACAUUAACCAAUUUUUCUUUCUUAAAGGCUUCACUCCUGAGUUAGCACAAUUUAAAAAAGAUUUUCUUUAACUUUUUGUGUAUCUCUUAUGUAUUUCUUCGCACAGGGCCAAUAAUAAGAAGUGGACAAUACAGUAUUUGCUUCAUUAUGUGGGGGAAAAAAACCUUUGUUAAAUGUAUGGAUGCAGACGCCUUCUUGAAGAUCAUAAUUUUGUUUGGUUUAAAAAUAGUGUUUUUGAAAAUGUACAAAAUAUCUAUCACUACUGAUAGGAGGUAAUAUUUCUGUGUAGAAAUGGAAAUUGGUUUGUUUUUAGUACAUUAGUGUAGAUGUACACAUUCCAGCAAAUGUAUUUGCAACUAUUAUGUGGUCAAUGCUUUGUGAUAUAAAUGUACUUUUUCAAUGUAUACUUGAUCACUUUUAAAUGCCUGUUUUGUGCUUUACAAUAAAUAAUAUGAAACCUCCUGUGUCGGUAAGUUGGAUAUGUGGGUACUCGGAGAAUUCAAGGGUUUCUUAGUAAUGCUGUACAUGUACACAAUUAAGGUUUUUUUCCUUGAAAGUUUGAGCUUUACAUUGGUAUUCUCCCUUUGCAGAAUAGUUAUAGAAGGAUCUUUUUCAUUACUGUAUUUUGCUGUUUAGCAUCUUGAUAUCCUCCUCUUUCUACUUGAUUAAAAAUUGCAUGUACAUGAAGAUGUUCCUUGACAUACUUCUACUGCAUUAACAGUUGCAUUUUCUUUUUUAUCCAUGACCACUGUCUCAGACCCAUAUAGCUGCUAUAGUUAACAUUUGUUUUUAUACAUGGUUUAAUUCUUUAGUAUAUUUUUUCAGGCUUGUUAUUGAAUUGUUCUAAAAGGCAAUAUGUGCUACGCAAUCGGUUUGCAGCACUUUGCUUAAGAAUUCAGUGUAGUAAGGAUUAUAUGCUUUUUAGUUACUAAAACUGCGUUUGUGUUAGAAAUAUGCCAUUUGGAGUCUGGGAGUGCUUAACAGAAAAACGUCUUGCAGAUGAGCUCUGUUUUAAAAUGCUGAAGACUAGUCAUUAAGUUAUAUUUUGAAAAAUCUCCAUAAAACUUUUUUACUUUUACUAAUUCAUACUGAAAAUUGGUAUACUGUUAAAAUCCACUGUUUGCUUUUUUUGCAUCUAUUAGAUUACAUGCAAUACAGUCUGUCUUGCCAUUGUCUGUUGAAGUGCAGGUUUGAUCCAGCCAGUAUAGAACUAGCUCUGUAGGGGUGAGGAGGACUGUGCUGUGUAUCAUCCUUGAUUGUUCCUUCAAGGAGCAUUGCACUGUAAGUACAUCAGAAUGACAAAAUGAUGAACUGCAACAGUAUCUUUUUGUCACUGUUCCACAUAAUGCAAAUGCCAUACCUGUGUGAAUAUUAUGUUGGAAUAAAAUACAGUGCUGAUAUUUUAGCAAAUCAUAAUUGCUUCUUAAUUCAGAAACCUAGGUGUUCAUAAAUGUAUGUGUAUGAGCUUAAUGGUAAGUAUUCUUGAGCUAUUUAGCUUUAGCAAAAGAAAUUGUCAUUUACCUAAGUAAUAAUUGUUCAUUAGGGUUCAAAAAUGAGAUAUAUUCAGAUAAAAACUUGUGCAUUGUUAAAAACAAAAGUUUGAAAUGCUUGUCAGGAGGAGGUUGUAUUGUCUUCAGUUGUCUGCAUUUAUUUGGUGAUAGAAGUAUAUGUUAAUUUCUAAACCUUUAUUAGCCUUAUUUUUGGAAAACUAUUUUGUUGUUUUGGAGUAUACUCUUAGGAUGGCUGCAAGAAAAGAACAAAAUGAGAUCAGAAAUGAAGUAGUUUUACUGCACAGAUCAUUAGAAAUGCAUUUUGUUGUACUGUAGAAUCAGGAGGGAAUUAUUUUUAUCCCAAUUUAGGUUAGGAUUUAAAUUUUGAAAAGACUACUAGGAAGUUAUUAAAUAUAUUUAGUGUAGGCUGUAAAGUCUCUAGAUCAAAUAUUUUGCAUGAUUAGUCUGUAGCUUAUUCGAAAAUGGUGUAGUUACUAACUAAACAGAGCAACAAUUCACCAGAUUCUUUAUCAUUCACCAAAUGGAGGCUGUUGAUUUUGAUUCAUUUAAAGUAUAAAAUCUUUAUUAAUUGCAAACAGUGCAAUUAUUUAUACUUCACAGUGCCUUCCCAGACCUUCCACCUUAGGUUCUGCUGCAAAAAGCACAGGUAAGCACAACCUAAGGAAGUGUAUAAAUACAUAUUUCAGUUUAUUAAUGUUGUCCCUGUGAGAAUUUUUUGUGCUUGUGUAUUCAAAAGCAAUCUGCCAAUAUCUUCCCCAAAUGUAUUCUGCUCUUCAUGGUUUCAUUCCAAUGGAAAGUCUGAAACAAUUAUUUACAUUUCUGGGUAAAUGUGUAUCUUUAUUUUUAAAAGAUAAGUGGAUUGCUGCAAUAAUUUUUGAGUAAGUCACUUUUACUAUUUUUCCCUCAAUAACAGAGUUGUUACAAAUGAAUAUAAAAUAUUUUUUCAAGAUACAGGAAAUAUUGGUCAGAAUUUCAACAGCCUUCACAAAUGCUUUUAUAAUGUUCAAAGGAUGUUAUACCCAAUACUACUUAUUCAAGCAUACUGUGUGUUUCAUUCCCAAGGCAAUAACGGAUUUUAAGUUAUACACCAUAAAACAUAACCUAGCUUGCUUAUUUGAUAAAGAAGGGAAAUUUAGACUUGAAUUUUGCAGAAUAGUUGUAGAAAGCAUGUAUUACCAGUGAAAUGUUAACAGUUCAGCAAAUCUUUCCUUUUUAUAGGAAACUCCUUCCUACUUCGCUAUUUCAGCUGAAUCGCUGUAUAUUUUUGCCAGUUUAAAUGUUUUGUAUAUGGCUUAUUUAGAUAGCUUAACUGGUGCAUUUUUUUCAGUUUAGAUAGACGAUGCUAAGGCAGUACCAUCAGUUUUUUGUUUGUCACUUAAUAAAAUGCUUUGAUUUUAUCAAAAGUCCUGCUUUUCUCUGCAUCAAAGAAAAAUAUUCAAAAAACCCUGCCUUCAUUUUCACACACAGUGCUGAAGAUGCUGCAAGCACCAAAUCAUAGCUCAUAAAAUCAGGUCCUGAGAUAGUUACUUCCAAUAAAGAGGAUUCCUUUGAGUGUAUGGCCAUGAUGAGCCGAUGAGCAUGGACCAUAGAAGGGCUCCAUGUAGAAGGUAAAAUUGGCAAAACAAUACCGAUUUUAAAUGUAUCCCAUACUUAAUGGUGUAGGGUAUAAUUUGCCUGUUUUAAUCGCUUCUCAUUCUUUAAAGUGCUAUUUGCUUGACCAUAAAUGUUCCAUAAUUUGUUAUGUGGUAAUAAUACAAACCAUCUAUCAAGUUACACUUUGCUGAAUAGUCAAGCAUAGAUAAUGUUUUGCAUUUCACAACUAAAUUAAUAGUUGUACUUGAAUUCCCUCGAGCCACUUCAUAUUUUGUUGUAGUUCAACAUGUCAGAUUUCAUUAUUAUAUGAGAACUAGAUACGUGCUGAAGAGCUUCAUCUCUGUUGGAUUUUGUUUCCCCAUUUUAAAACAGCUUGUUUUCGCUGCUCAGUUUUUAAUAUAAACAUAGCUUGAAAUUUCAAGGGAAGGGAUGUAAUAGAAACUAGAAUGAAAUUGUUGGCAUAGGGGAUUAUGCAUCUGCUUUGAUAAUCUUUAUACUAAGCAUUUUUUUUUAUUUUCAUUAUCAAUUUGCUGGUGGACCUACAGGCAUCUUCUUGCACCAAGUGUAGUUUUGGUAUUCAGUUUUGUCUGAUUUCUGUCAGAAACCUUGCAUUGAAUCAAAAGGUUCCAUUCCAUUCAUUGAGUUCGAACCUUUAUAUACAUAGUUGCCUCGUUUUCCUUGAGCGGUUCUUGUGCUAUGGCAGGGGGAAAAUAAGUGCAAAUUUCCCGGUCACAGAAUGUUAGGCAGUGAGAGUAAUGAAUGUUUGGAAAGAUGAUCUUAAUUUCAACAAAGAACAAUGUUUACAGAUCACCCUUCAGUAUGUGUGCUGUAUAGGAUAUGCUUUGCUAGUUUAAAAAAGUGAUCUUUAGAUUCGUGUAAAUUGCAGUUAUUUUUAGAAACUAGGUAGGCUAUAUCAUUCACCUUUCUGAAAAUAUUACAUCAGCUGCUGAGAAAUCUUUCUUUUCAUAAUCUAGGCAGUAGAAAGAACUUUUCGAUUUUUGUUGUGUGUACUAGCAGUUCAUAAGGCAAAACAUUCGGCCCUACACAAUGCAAACAGUAGCUACUCCUUUCCUACUGGUAGUACCCUAUGAAAGUCCUGUGUUUAUGCAACCUUUAUCUUAUAUGCAUGCAAGAUGCAUUUUCGUCCUAAGAUAGUGUUCUCUACAGAAACUACCCGUGUAAAAAAAAGAAGAUUGUCUUUUAAAGGCUACUGUGAUGGGAAGUAUCUUAGGGACAUGCAGCUUGGACGUGAGGUAAAUCAAAUGCUUUACAGUAUGUUGUGUUGAGCUUGCAAUAUUGACACUGUAUGUACUCAUGAAUACACAUUAAUUGUAAUGUUUUUGUAUAAGUUCUCAAUAAAUGUAAACUAAUGGGUAA